GUUCAAAACUUCAUAUGGGGUCUCUCAUAUCUCUCAGACCCAUUUACGUGUUUAAGGGUUAACGUGGAUGUUUUAUUGUAUCUAUUUUUAAGUAACUACACCUAAUUAUUCCGAUCAAUAGUUACUAAACAACCAUAAACACUCUACAAUAUGUAUUAUAAUCUUUCCUACAUUAUCUAUUUAUUGUUGCGUGCCCGACCUGUGGAAGCGGUUAUUAUCGAUUCGCGCAAGGCGAUCGAAGAGUGCGACAAGAGAAGAUCGUUCCCUCCAAACGGGUUUGGUUUUGACGUGACGCGGAACGGUGGACGUUUGCUUUGACUCUGCGAUCUUUCUUAUUGUAAAGAGAGUUAUUAAUAAAGUUCGGAGUUGCCUUUGCAAAAGAGUGUCAAGUCAUUCUGUGUCGAGCAUCUAAUUCUCUUCUUGCGUGUGUCGCGUGUGUUUGUCUCGCCAAGUGUAACAAUAUAAUACAAAAAUAUAUAUGUGCAUAUGUAUAAGUAUGUAUGCAUGUAUGUAUGUAUGUGUAUGUACAUAUUUUUUUAAUCUUUCUAACUAUCUUUUACCAUAGACUAUUAUCUAUCCCUACUUGCGUUUGUUUGUUGACAUUUCGAACUUAAUAAAUAAUCUCAGUAAAUGCAUUCAAUUUACAACUGCAUAAUACUCGUCGAGAGCUGCUAGUAUAAAACUUAAUGUUGCUGAAGUCGGUUUUCAUUCUACUUGAAAAAUUCGCGAUGUGCACGAUUAUGUGAGUGUUUUGCUUCCAGUAAAACUUUACUAUAUUUUUCGUAAAAAAUAUUCCGUAUCGCAAGAUUUUUCAAUAUAAUCAACAAUCGUAUUUGUAAAACGCGUCGAUACGAGGUGACAAUGGAGGAAAAAAACAACGUGCAAGUGACCAACACGCCAUCGAUAGAAUACAUCUUACGUCCAAUAACGUAUACUUCGUGGCUCCUGGGAGUUGGUAUUGCACGUCCGAGAAAUUCUUCCAAGGCUAUAAUGAUAAUAAAACGUGUUGUUUAUCUGGUUGUCUAUAUCGUUCACCAGAUAUACUAUGCGAUAAGAUUCGUUAAAUUUAAUAAUGAAUUCGCUACUGGAAGCAGCAUAUCUGAAUUAGUAUACAUCUUGGCCAUCGUGACGUUCUACGUAUUGGCGUAUUACAGCGCUUAUGAUGGGAUCAAGCAGUACGGAAAGUGGCCAGAACUGAUGGACAAAAUAAAUGAACUUGAUCAGAAGAUCAGGAAACAAAUACCCAUCAAUGACAGACCAGUAAAAAACUUGGUAAUACUAGCAAUUCUAACGACGCUCGUUUGGUGUCCUUUAGCUCUGAUCGUAUACGUUCUUUAUUAUUACUUUACAAAUUCAGAGAUUAGUUACGUGUCUGCAAUCCUGAAUAUUUUCGUGGAAGUCCCGUUCUUCAUAAGCAACUUCGUCUUCAAUAUUAUCGUCUAUGUAAUCUAUUAUAGAUUUAAAACGAUAAAUAAAUUGAUUGGGCAGUUGAACAAAUCACUAUCCGAUCCGUCAUGGAUCACACUAAAGGUUAGACGCAUCAGAGAAUUGCAUACGGGUAUUUGUCAUCUGGUCAGUAUGAUAAACGACAUUUACGGCCUUUAUCUUCUCUUUCAUUCAAUGAAUUGCUUUGUCGCGGUUACGUGUACAUUGUUCAUAAUCUACGAAGAAGUUUUGGCGAAAAACUACCCGUAUACAUUGAUAAAUUGUAUCUUUUGUAUAAUAAAAUUUGGACAAUUUGGUUUGAUGUGUCGGAUUUGCACACUCGCGCAUCAAGAAUCUGACAAAAUCGGAAGAUCUAUAUAUGAAAUUAUAUUUAAUCGCAAAUUUAUGAAUCUUGGUAAGAUAAACGAGACAAAAAUUCAAUCAAGUUUAGAGAUAUAUCCGCCAUUUGAGGACUCGGACAGCGAGCAAAAUUCUAGCAGUGGUCACAAUCUGAAUUAUAGCGUCUUCGAAAAUCUCUCGCGCAGAAACUUGGAUCGCGACUGUGUCAGGAAAGAAAUCAAUGAUUUUUUAGUUCAACUACAACAGUCUCGAGUAGCAUUUACGGCUUGCGAUUACUUUGAAAUAAAUAAUGCUCUCUUCAGUGGUUUUGUCGGGACGAUCAUCACUUAUUUAAUAAUCUUCAUUCAAUUGUAUCAACGACCCAAAAAUCUAGACGAGAACGUAAAUAGUAGAAUGUUUACUGAAAAAUAAUUAACUGUUAAUUGACUAAUAAAAAUAAAAGAUAUACUACCGAACAAUAAAAAGGAGAAUGCAAAAUUUUAUGUAACGAUUGUGAUGCAUCCUAUGUUGGACAGACUUGCCAAUUACUUAAAACUAGAAUUUCUGAACAUAAAAAUGACAUUCGAAAACAGAAAAGCAAUCACUCGGUAAUUUCCGAGCAUAGGAUGCAUUACAACCAUGACUCCAAUUAGGAUAAUGCUGAGAUUGUUGAUAUUGAAAGGUUUCUCAGCAAAAAAUUGAUUUCCGAAAUGCUUUUCAUCAAACUGCAGAGCAACAGUUUAAAUUUACAGACGGACACCAAAUUUCUUGUAUAUUGGACAUUUAGCUCUCUUAAAUAAGUUUAAAGACCGAGCGUUAUAAUCUUUUUAGUCGGUGUAGUUUAAUGUUUCUGACAAUGUACAGAUGAAAAUAAUGAUAGAUUAGCUCUUACCGUUUCGACCAGUUUGCUCUGCGUGCACAUUAUAGUUUGGUCUUUUGAAUUAACGAGUUACUAGCGUGAAUUAUUGUUGCAUAAGCUGUGUUUAAAUUAAUUCUUAGUUAAGCGAAAUAAGCUUUGCUUAAAUUAAAUCUUAAUUAAGUGAAAUAAUGUUAGUUGACAAUGUGCGGACUCGUUAGGGUGAGUGAUUCUGCGGUAGGGAAAUGGGAUGUUUUUAGUAAGCUUCUUAAACUCAAUAUUAAAUGUUUAACGCAGUGACCGUUAAUUAAUCUACCAACAAGGAAAAUGGUUCACUGGCGUAUAAACCAGCUGAAAUUUAUCCCGAUUUAAAAACUGGUGGAUUGCUCGGCUAGGAAGUAUCCCGCAUUAGAGUACUCAUGUAACACUGUGCAAGAAAAAGAAAUUGAUAACUCAAAAUUAAGUCAA